AUGGCCGGCCGUCACUCCCAAGAGAAGUCGUACGCAGAGGCUGCCGCCGCCCCGGCACCAGAGAAACCUGACAGCUCGGAUGUCACCCCUGCAGUUCCUGCGGACGUUAUCUAUAAGCUUCUGGGCUUCACAGCAGCUAUGAUCGUUGGUCCCAUUGGCAUGUACUUUGUCACAGUAGACUUUGGUGCGAGCUCGACCGUGGCUGGGGUGACUGCUGCUGUCACUGCCAAUGUGAUCUUGUUUACUUAUAUCUAUGUUGCCUGGCUGGAAGACAAAGAGGACAGAGAGGUGGCCGCGAAAAGAAAAGAGAAAAAAGCCCAGUAG